AUGCGCGUAUUUUCCUUCUCAGAUCAGGAUAUGGAAAUACUGAUCGAUAUAUGUGCCCCUAAAUUGAGGAAGUUACAUACGUUUUUGUUUGCGAAUAAGGAUAAAAAUUCUCCAUAUCUUAACAAUGUUAAGGUUUUGAUAGAUGCACCUAUUCUUGAGUACCUUGAUAUUGAAGAUGGUUGUGAGGCAUGUUACUUGAUAAAGGAUGAACCAUCUUCUCUAACCAGUGCAGAAAUUGAUGUUGGGCCAGACUUUUUUGGGGAGGCCGAUUGGGUACCUGAGUUCUUCAGAGUUUUUACCUUUUGCCAUGUGACUCAUUUGGUGUUGUUGAGUUGUGAUGAUUUGUCGAAGCUGCCAGAAGCACUUCAAAGAAUGCCUAAACUGGAAUUUUUGGAUGUGUGUGUGGUGGGGGCCAGAAAAGGACAUAAUCCUUUGGAAGUGGAAGAAGAUCAUGGCUCGAGUGACGAAAAUUACUUCAAUAAGGAGUUUUAUUGGAUGCAGUCACAGGAGAAAAUUGAAGGGUUUAAGGAUGAGAGUUCACUGGGUCAAGUCACGUGGAGUGGGAAGUUGUUUAUAGCAACAAAAUCUAAUGACAGAAGAGGGAUAGAGUAG